AUGUCCUCCCACACAAAAGUAGACAUACUAAUCCACUUCGCCCCAUAUGAUGGCGACUCGCUCUCUCUCUCAAACCACCGCACGCCCGCUGAUCUCCGCAGGCAACUAGAUCCCACACUCCUCUACACGAAAACAUACUCGAUCAGCAAAGAUGACAUCCCUGGCUCGAUCUGGCGUCCAAGCAAUGUCUUCGAUAAGGGUUAUACACAUCCGAAUGGGAGGACUGGGGAGGAUUCGUUGGUCGUACCGUCUACUCUCUCGUGGGAAGAGGCUGAGGUCAAGUACAUUGAAAGCGACAACCCAGUGCCGUGGGUAGAGAAGAUUUUCGGGCCAGGGUGUAAGGCGGUGUAUUAUCUUGGUGAGGAUUGA